CGAGCCCCCAAGGGCCAAGGUCGGGGGGGGGGUGAGAUGAUGUUGAGCCGACGCUCAGGAGCCAAGAACAGCUACAGCCCCUACACCGUGGGGCUCAGGAGGAGCAAAGCUAAAUCCCAUGCGGCCGAAGCCGCCCUGGACUCCUUGGUCCAUAAGCCCAGGGUGUGGCUGAAGGAGCUACCCCGGAAAGAUGGAACUGACCCACCCCCAAGUGGAGUAGGCGGCAUGGGCGAGCUGUCCCCCAAACACAGUCCCGGCCCCAUGGGGACCCUGAAGCGGCCGACCAGCCUGAGCCGCCACGCAAGUGCAGCGGGUUUUCCCCUCUCGGCACCGAGCACCUGGACCCUGAGCAGGACCCACAAGAGCCCCAUGUCCCACAGCCCCGUGGAGGCAAACGAGGGGCUCUUCGCUGAGGUGGACGACAUUUCUCAGCUGCUGGUGUUCGUGGCCCGCUUUGCCGAGGGGCUGGAGAAGCUCAAGGAUGCAGUUAUGCGAGAUGAGCACCUGGAGGCUCGGCGGCCGUUGGCACACGAGUGCCUGGGAGAGGCCCUGCGGAUCCUGCGCCAGGUCAUCAGCAAAUAUCCGCUGCUCAACACGUUGGAGACACUCACCGCUGCCGGCAACCUCAUCUCCAAGGUCAAAGGUUUUCACUAUGAAGUCAACAAUGAGGCAGACAAGCGGGAGUUUGAAAAGGCCUUGGAGACAAUCGCAGUGUCCUUCAGCAGCACGGUGUCUGAGCUCCUCAUGGGGGAAGUGGACAGCAGCACUCUCCUUUCCGUGCCCCCAAGUGACCAGAACCAGUCCAUGGAGAGUUUAUAUGGGGGCAUCCAGGGCGCAGAUGGCAUCCAGUCUGGCACAGAGAACUGUGAUUCAGGCUCUCUCCUCUCAGCAGAGGAGGUGGACAUCAUGCUGCAGCGAUGCGAGGGGGGCGUGGAAGUGGCCCUGCAGUACGCCAAGAAUAUCUCCAAGUACAUGAAGGACCUCAUCUACUACCUAGAGAAGAGGACCUCGUUGGAGAUGGAGUUUGCCAAGGGUCUGCAGAAAGUGGUGCACAGCUGCAAACAGACCAUCACCCAAGAGCCACACAUGCCCUUCCUGUCCAUCUACUCUCUGGCCCUGGAGCAAGACAUGGAGUACGGCCAUGGCAUGCUGCAGGCUGCCGGCACCUUACAGAAUCAGACCUUCAUGCAGCCCCUGACCCUGAGGCGCUUGGAGCAUGAGAAGAGGAGGAAAGAAGUCAAGGAGCUAUGGCAUCGGGCCCAGAGGAAGCUGCAAGAAGCAGAAGUAAACCUACGCAAGGCAAAGCAGGUGUACGUUCAGCGCUCCGAGGAGCACGAGGCCAGACAACGGGCAGUGAAGGUGGAAGAGGAGCAGCAGGGCAGCAGCGCUGCAAGCAAGGCCCUGGAUAAGAAGAGGCGGCUGGAGGAGGAGGCCAGGAACAAGGCAGAGGAGGCCAUGGCCACGUACCGGACCUGCAUCGCCGACGCCAAGACGCAGAAGCAGGAGCUGGAGGACAUGAAGGUGAACGUUCUGCGGCAGAUCCAGGAAGUGAUCAAGCAAAGCGACCAAAUUAUCAAGUCGGCCACCAUCUCCUACUACCAAACCAUGCACAUGCAGACGGCUCCGUUGCCCGUCUACUUCCAGACCCUGUGCGAGAGCAGCAAGCUGUACGACCCGGGCCAGCAGUACGCUUCCCACGUGCGCCAGCAGCAGCGAGAUGACGAGCCGGACAUCCAGUACGAUUUUGAACCCUAUGUGUCACAGAACGCUUGGUCUCCUCAAGCCCGCUCCCGGAAGGCCAGCUUCAACUCCAGUGACUUCAGCAGUGUGGCGGAGGGAGCGGAACCCUCCAGGGAAGGAACCGGCUCCGAUGGGGGGGCGGUGCCGAAGGAGAGGCGAGGUCAGUCUCCAGCUGAGGGUAGGGGACGGGGGCAGUUUGGGAUGCCCCACUCCUCUCUGCCUUUCCGGCGGUGUGGCGGGUGUGGUGGGACAGAGCCGGGGGGGUGCUUUGGCCCUGUUGGGGUGGGGGCUACAGAUCUGGAUGGGCCCGAGCCUCUUCCUGAUAACGCCUGGCCUUUGGUUGGCCGUUUUGGCUGCUUCCUUACAUCAGACUGA